AUCGCGCUCGCCUACAGGGCCCUCUUGGGAGACUUUCUACUCUCUAUCCUGAAAUAUCGUAUGACUUCUGCCUGGGGGGUGGCACAGAGCACCCAGACCUGCCACACGGAGGUCGGAAUACGAUCCGCGCGGAGCUUUCCGACGCCAGUCCAUCCUUAUGCCUGAGUUCAUGACCCAACCGUUAUUCUCUCCGCGUUGGGCCAUUGCAGGCAGGUCCCAAAUGGCCGGACAAGAGGGUCGAGGCGGCGGUAGACGUCGUGACGCGAGCCAACGUCGAGUAACUGGCGCGUAUUAUGACACUUUCCGUUCAGAAGAUUGAUCCGCAGCGGUCGCUGGGCUCGUACGAGGUGGAUUCCCUGGUGACAGUGGACUUGGAGACCUGGUUCGAACGGGAAGUGGGGGUUUCCAUAGGAUCGGGGGAGCUGUUGGCGGAGCUGGCCAUGACCCAGUUGGCCCGACAGGCUGCGGACGGAUCGCGGUACUUGCCGGCGGAGCUCCGGAGAAGUUAGUAGAAGAAGGGGCUGUAUCCAAGUAAGAAAGAAGCUCUUUUAAGGGUGCGAUUGCAUGAUGGAGGCCCACAAGGACAAGCCAGGAAGAAUGAGGCUUUGGACCAU